AGGGACGGGCUCGUCAUGGUGUGGCCUUCGAUGAAUUGUGGACCCACGGAGGAGCUUCCGUCGCACUUUGCGGCGCCAGAAGGGUACACCAUUCACGCAGAACUCAUCAUCGAGGACGUUCCCGUCGAACACGGGUUGUUGAUGGAGAACUUGCUCGAUUUGGCGCACGCGCCGUUUACGCACACCGGCACCUUUGCCAAGGGUUGGGGCGUGCCAAACAUGGUCAAGUUUGCGUCUCGCAAAUUAAGAAAAGACGGCGACGGCUGGAAACCGUACCCCAUCGACAUGAAGUUUUUGGCGCCGUGCAUGGUUGACAGCCACAUUGGCUUGGCGCAAGCGGGCGCAGUGGGUAAGGGUGCGCAGUUUAAGGAAGGUGUCAGCGCGUUGGAGUGCGAGAAGCACUUGCAUCAGCUCCACGUGUGCUUGCCUAGCACUCCAGGUCACACGCGUUUGCUCUACCGUAUGUCCCUCGAUUUUGCCUCGUGGGCCCAAUACGUCCCGGGCAUCGAAUACAUCUGGACCGAGAUGGCGAACCAAGUUCUCGGCGAGGAUUUACGUCUAGUCACGGGUCAACAAGACCGCAUGCAGCGUGGUGCCCGAGUUUGGGCCCAUCCCGUAGCUUAUGAUAAGCUCGGUUUACAUUAUCGCCGGUGGCGCAACGUUAUCGAC